GAGAACCAAGGACGACCGCUCCUCCGCCAUCAGGACGGCGGUCUGGAAGUGAGGUCACCUAUUCCGCUCUCCGAAGCGGUAACAGGGAAGUUGACGAAGGUCGAUUCCCUGCUAGUUAGACACCACGUGUCCUAGCGUGUUCUUCCCCUCACCAUCGCCAUCAUCAUCCUACGUCAGCGCCUGCAGUCUCAUCCUUAUCUCCUCGUGUUUUGUUGUUAGGUAGAGCAGACAUCCUGUCCACACUCUAUGCCCAGUUUAUGGAAUACUGGUUGAAUUCCCUUGUUCGAGAUUUUCUCGUCACCCCUGUUCUCUCCUUCGCAUCUUACGUAACCCUCGCAUUUCGUCCUAAGUCUAAGUGACAGUUGAUGCUCUCAUGGAUCCAGGAACAGACGUAGGGAUGGAGAACAGAUCUCCUGCCGCGGCCCCGGGUGAUCAUGAAAUCGACGACUCAAGAGUCAGAGAGCUCCUUCGCCUGUGCUAUGAGGAAGACAUUCUCCCCAGGGACAUUGACCCCGAGGAAAUGACGACACAAGGCCGAAACGUUAGAUUUAAGGUUAAGGACGCCAUAGACAGGCUGAAGGCUCAGUGGCUUAAGGAGCGGACGGUCACGGUGAUCUUCAGAGAUGCAGCUCGCUUCCUCCCAAGGAAUAUCAAGGAGGAUCUUAUCAAGGUCUUUGAAGACGUGAAAGUUCAGACAGGCGACUUUGGCGAGGGCUUCAACAGAGGGAGAGUGAAGGUGGAGAGUCUUAAUGUGGCUUCGUACGUUGCUAAGAGCACGACGAUUUGUGCGUGGAUGGUGGACAAAAGAAUUUUGGAGGUGGAACUGGCGGGUGAGAUUUACAAGUUGGAGUUCAAGCUUUGGCUGACUAACGCGCAGUUUAAGGAACAACGACGGCCAGACAAACUCUUGACCUUUUGGGUCAUUGCUGUUCAACUCCCCUUAGACGCCAUGUUUUACCUAGAAUCGCACAUACGGCGUGCCAUUGGUCCAGUCACUAUGACGCACCCGCCGGAGCAGGAUCGGUUAAAACCGGCCUUGGUCAACAUUAAAUUCGAUUUGGAUCCGGAAGCCAGAGCAAACAUGAAGGAUUCGAUCACUGUCGAAACCUUCGAGGGUGAUGAGUUGGUGGUCAAGAUGGCAUCAUCAGACACUCCACGAUGCCGCAAGUGCCGCGCAUUUUUCCACUCGGCAGAGGAUGUAGAAGGGGAGGUCGCCCACGUCAGCAACAAGGCAAUAUCGGUGGUCAAGGAGGCAGAGCAGAUCCGACUCAGGAGGCUUCUUCCGUCAAGUGCACCAAGGCCCGCUGGGUAGAGGUGGAAGCAGUGGUCUACCAGCGGCAUCGGCUGUAGGCGAAGCUGGUAACCGUGCUCCAGAAACG